UCAACAAAGUUGGACGGAGUAUCAAGCAAACUGGGGCUGCGAAGGGAAGAACGGAGAGAGAGAGAGAGAGAGAGGGAGAGAUGAGUGAUCGGCGAUGUAUGAUGCCGUUGAGGGAUGUGAAAGAUCACCCGAAACGGAAGGUGAAUCUAAUUGGUAUUGUAGUGGAGUUCAGCAUUCCCAGGAUGAGCGAGGGAACUGUGUUUGCAGACUACUGCACGAUUCUGAAGGUGAUUGACCGGUCUCAACAGAGCCCUGAGUUGUCAGUCAAUGUUUUCAUUGAUGAUGUUCAUCAACUCCCCCACAUUCGCUCCCGCAGAGACAUCAUUUUGCUUUCUUGUGUUCGGAUUGAAAGACACAAACAAGACGUAUAUGCUGUUUUUAAUAAGAGCUUCUCAUCCUUUGCUCUGUUUGAUGGGAAGUGUAGUUCUGUUUUCAGUCCUUAUCAAACUUCUCCAGCAUUCUGCCUCCUAGAUUCUGACAAGCCGUUCAUUACAUGCCUGAGGAAUUGGUGCCUCACUUUUCAGCUUGAUCCCGGUAUUAGCCCGUAUGUAGUGUCAUUGAACGACAUAAAGGAAAGGGAAUAUGUUGAUCUCGUAUGCAAGGUUCUGGGUGUCUGUGAAGUAUCUAGCAAUGAGUGGAUGCUCUUUAUCUGGGAUGGAACUGAUGUUCCUCCUCUAAGCUUUAAUACCAAAUUGGAAGAACAUAGCUCAACUCGACUUCAAAUUGAAUCGGUGCCUUUGCCUACAAAUGUUAUAUCUAAUUUUCCUUGUGUUGGAACUGUGUUGAGAGUUAUUGCUGACCAAGCUUUUGGGAAACUUGGCUACCAUUUCCAUAGCAUUGGCCAAUGGGUCCGAAUUCGCAAUGUCUUAUUUGAAGUAGACUCAGGGCUAUGGAAGGGUUUCCUAACUUGUGCAAGUAAGGUUCGACUUCUAUCUGAGAAUGACAACAGCGUCGCAGAAUGUAAAAGGAAUCUAACGGAGAGGCUGUCGCGGUCUGGUCGUGUGCCCAUGUCUAGCUAUCAUGUUUCUAAUUUUAUAACUGUUUUGACACUGACAGAUUACGAGUCCACUAAAUUUGCCACUUUGAUGGAUCUUCUUACUUUCUCGAAGGAUAAGGGGAGAUUCAAAUGUAUUGUUCGUGUAGUGGCAAUAUGCCCCUCACAAGUCAAGGACUUCUGGUCGCCUGCUGGACUAUCUAGGAUAAGAGUUACAUUGGAGGAUCCAACUGCUAGAAUACAUGCUCUACUGUGUGGUGAAGACGCGGAACUGUUUUUUGGAGGUUACCCAUCUGCUAGUGUACUUGCUGCCAAGAUGAAUAAAUUGCUUGGGGUGCCUGGAAAUGACGAUUCUACCAGGAAUCCACCGUGGAUACAAUGUUGUCUAGAACUCCAUUUGCCUAAUGAGGCUGGUGCUUUGGGGGCUAGGCACUACCAUAUACGUUUCACAAACCUUGUUUUGUAGUUGUGCUAUUGUCUUUCAGUAUGAUUUCAACAAUGCACGCACUUACCAAGUUGUAUAGUUUUUCUAGUGUUGCCCAUGUUGUAUGUAUGCUUCGGCUUUUGGGCAUAUCACAGUGGUACAACUCAUGUAUGUAUUGUGGCGACCCUUGGGGCUCUGAAAGCACUUGGCACGAUAGUAAAGCUCAUCAAAUGUAUACUUCCAAAAGUCCCCAUGAAGUUUCAUUUUGUUUCUGGACCAAUUUUAAGUUAAUCAUGGUACAUGUACUUUUUUGGGAACAUCCUUUGAUUUGGAUCCCACUCUAGUGUUGUAGUUCUUGAGAAGGGAAAAACAAUGAACCCACUCUUUUGUUU